CGCCGCCGCCGGCGCGGUGCGGUGGGCGGGAGGGUUUGGGGGACGGCUGCUGUCACGAUGCUGGGGCCAGAACACACGGAGUGAGGCUGAGUCAGAGCCAGAAGGGCCAAACACGAACUGAUGCACCUCUCAGCUUGCUUUUAAUGAAGGGAGCAGCCUGCCUUAUCUGUCCUGCACGCCUGGCCACUGAUCAGAGACACCCAGUCACAGGAGGAGCGACAUCGGCACUGGGAGAGGCUGUGCAGGAGAGAAAUCCCCAGCUACUUUUGUCACCGUGGUCUCUAAAGCUCCUGUGUUCCGGUGUUCCUGGCUCUGCCUCUCCUCCCCACGAUGCUGGGAAGGGUGCUGUGCACGGUGUUGUUCGUGGGAGCCCUCCCAUCCCCAGCUGGAGCAUCCCAGGGCCACAUCUCUGUGAUCUUGCUGGGAGCCACAGGUGAUUUGGCCAAGAAGUAUUUGUGGCAGGGUCUGUUCCAGCUCUACAUGGACCAAGUGAGCAGUGGCCACAGCUUCACAUUCCACGGGGCCGCCCUGGCGGCACUGGAGCCGGGGCAGAGGCUGAUGUUCGACGUGCUGAAGAGGCUGUCCUGUCCCCCCGGCGAGGCUCCCGACAGGUGUGCUGUGCUCAAAGACCAGUUCCUGAAGCUGAGCCAGUACCACCAGCUAAAGACUGCCGAAAACUACACGGCUCUGAACAGAGAGAUCGAGACCCUGCUUGGGCAGGAGGGGCUGCGGGAGGCCGGGAGGAUCUUCUACUUCUCGGUGCCGCCGUUUGCCUACACGGAGAUCGCGCGGCACAUCAACAGCAGCUGCCGGCCCCCCGCCGGAGCCUGGCUGCGCGUGGUGCUGGAGAAGCCCUUUGGCCACGACCUGGACUCGGCCCAGCAGCUGGCUGCACAGCUGGCAGGCUUCUUCAGGGAGGAGGAGAUGUACCGGGUGGACCAUUACCUGGGCAAGCAGGCUGUGGCCCAUAUCCUGCCUUUUCGGGAUCAGAACCGACAGUUUCUGGACCCGAUUUGGAACCGACAUCACGUGGAGAGAGUGGAGGUUGUCUUGAAGGAGACUGUGGAUGCUAAAGGCCGCACCAGCUUCUACGAGGAGUACGGGGUCAUCCGGGACGUGCUGCAGAACCACCUCACCGAGGCCCUCAUGUUCCUCAUCAUGGAGCUCCCUGCCAACGUCAGCAGUGCCCAGGAGGUGGUGCAGCACAAGCUGCAGGCGUUCCAGGCCCUCUGGGGCCUGGAGAGGAGCAGUGCCGUGCUGGGGCAGUACCAGGCCUACAACAGCCAGGUGCAGGAGGAGCUGCAGGAGGCACGGGGCUACGUCAGCACCACACCAACCUUUGCAGGGGUGCUGAUCCACAGCGGCAGCCUGCGCUGGGACGGCGUUCCCUUCCUCCUCACCUCCGGGAAGGCUCUGGAUGAGCGUGUGGGCUACGCCCGGGUCCUCUUCAGGAACAGGGCCUACUGCCCCCAGAGCAGCACGCUGAGGGACGCGGGGCACAGCCAGUGUAAACCCAAGCAGAUCAUCUUCUACUUCGGGCACGGCGCGCUCCGCGCCCCCGCGGUGCUGGUGAGCAGGAACCUCUUCCAGCCUGUCAUGCCCAAAGACAGCUGGAAGGAAGCGGAGGCUCGCUCAGAUCUGCACAUCUUCGGACAGCCACUGUCGGAUUUCUACACGUACAUCCCCGUGAAAGAGAGAGAAGCGUAUUCUGUCCUCAUCUCCAACAUCUACCACGGCAGGAAGGAUUUCUUCAUCACCACGGAGAGCCUGCUGGCCUCCUGGGCUUUCUGGACGCCGCUGCUGGACAGCACGUCCCGCCGGCCGCCGCGCCUGUACCCCGGGGGCGUGGAGAACCAGCACCUGCUGGACUUUGAGAUGGUGGCUGGGGGAGUGGCGUUCACCCUGGCAGAGCCGGCAGAGCUGCUGAGCCCCGGCGGGCAGACGCCGAGCGACUUCAGGGCAGUCCAGUCCAAGUUUCGGCAGAGUCCCCUGGUCUCGGGGUGGGCCGAGGAGCUGAUCUCGCAGCUGGCGUCGCACGUGGAGCAGGCGGCAGUGAGCAGCGUGGCUCGCUCGGGGCAGUUCCACCUGGCCGUGUCGGGCGGCUCCAGCCCCGCGGGGCUGUUCCAGCGCCUGGCCAGGCACCACUUCGGCUUCCCCUGGCAGCGCACCCACGUGUGGCUGGUGGACGAGCGCUGCGUGCCCCUGACCGACGGCGAGUCCAACUUCCAGGGGCUGCACAGGCACCUCCUGCAGCACGUCAGGCUGCCCUACUUCAACAUCCACCCCAUGCCCGUGCACCUCAACCGGCGCCUGUGCGUGGAGGAGGACGGCGGCGCCGAGCUCUACGCCAAGGACAUCGUGGCCCUGGUGGCCAACGCCAGCUUUGACCUGGUGCUGCUGGGGGUGGGCGCGGACGGGCACACGGCCUCGCUCUUCCCCGGCUCCGAGAACGGCCUGGAAGGGGCUGCCACCGUGGUGCUGACCGAGAGCCCCGUCAAGCCUCACCAGAGGAUGAGCCUCAGCCUGCCCCUCAUCAACAGGGCCAGGCAGGUGUUUGUGCUGGUUCUGGGCAAGGGCAAGCACGACAUCACCACCCUGCUCAGCAGAGUGGGCCACGAGCCCAAGAAGUGGCCGAUUUCGGGUGUCAACCCCAGCUCUGGCCAGCUGGUCUGGUACGUGGAUUAUGAGGCUCUGCUGGGGUGAUGCCUCCCCGGUGGCCCUCCUCCCUCCAGCCUGGAUUUUCCUGCAAUGCCCACGCUCCUGUGUUGCCAGCAGCAGCUCCGUCCAGCCUCUGGGAGAUCCGUGGCCUGCAGCACCUCUGCCAUUUGAGCCUGGAGAGAGCUGGGCUCAGUGUGUGGGGCUCGGGAGGAGCCAGGAGCCCAGUGCAGCGUUUCUGGCUCUGCUCUGGGUUCUGACUGAGACUUUGGACAAAGUCUUCACCUUGAAGUGCCUCAGUUUUCUUGUCAGGCCUUUGUGCUUACUGGCAUGUAACUACCUCACAGGCGCUACUCGUGACCUGUUAAAUCAACUGCCUGCCAAAUGCUUUUAAAUUUUAUGUAAUUCUCAGGCUGAAAGACAAUAGUAACCCAUUCAUCCCCUGCCCUGCUUGGUCUGGCUGGGCCAGAGGUGUUGUCUCAGGGAUGUGCUGGUGGUGUGCACAUGGAUGUGGAACCUUGUCCCUGCAGCCCAUCCUGGUGUGAGCCGGGCUCCCCUGGGAGCACAGACACUCUCUGGCUCUGGGGCAGGUGGCCCCUGAAUGCUGGCGCUGAUCUGUGAGCUCCCUGCAGCCCUGAGCCUCUGCAAAGUGCCCAGCAGCAGGGGCUGAGCCUGCCAGCAGAAAUUGGCUGCACUCCUUAGGGGAUGGCUGAUAGCAGGGGAGGGGAAGGAAGGCAAACUGCUUUUGGGGCUGUUAAAAUGAUGGGGACAGGGUGAGGAGGGUGGCAGCUCACAGAGCUGCUGUUCGCCAGCAGUGCCGUGGUUACUGAGGGAAAAGCUUGGUGCUCAGAGGAACUGUUGGGUUUGGCUAGCAAAGAAAUCUCUUCUUUUUAAACAAAAAUGUCCACGUUAACUUCAUUCCAGUUCUUUAGUGUUUGGUGUGAGGGAACAAGUUUUAAUGACAAUCUGACCUUCGAGAGAGUAACUCUACUGUUAUGAAUUACAGAGAUUAUUCCUGUUUUACAGGUGACGGUGGCAUUGGAGUUUUCUUAGUUUUGCACCUCUUGAAAUAAACACUGAGAGGUUUAUUUGCACUUUUAAAUAAAGUGGUUUGGUUUUGUUUUGUUUUUCCCAGGAAGCUACUGUUCUUUGCAGCUGAAAAUAGGGUUUAUUUGUGAAGUCCAUGGAUUUUAUUAAAAUCCAUUAAAAGUUUCCACAUUUUCCUUGGUGAAUGGAGAUAUCUGGGUUGUUUGGGGGAUUUUUCAGAAGUGUAUUUUUUUUCACACAGACAAUUCCUCUUAAACUCUUUAAUACUUAGAAUUUGCUAAAUGAAAACCAAAUAUUUUUGAAUACAGAAAAUUUAUGACUGGAAAGAGAGACUGGAUGGAAGGAAGGGUUAAAUGAGCAACAAAUCCAAUGAGGAGGAAUGGUAGCAAUCCACUGGGCUGUAGGCCAAGGAAGCAGGGCUAUUUUUAUUUUGUGAAAGUUAUUAAUAGAAGGUGUGCACCUUCUUGAGAGCUUGUAUUAACCUUUCUUUGCAAAGGCAGCUCCAUGGAGUAAGUUCUUACAGUCUGUUUCUCCCAAGAGUGAUUAUUGAUAUAAUUUUUUUUUUUUUUUAAUGUCAAGUGCAUUCCUACAAUUCAAUGGUAUAUGUUUUACAGAAAACUAACACUGGAAAUAACUCAUUUUUCACUUCAAGUUUUAUAAAUGAAAUUGUAAAAUCUUUUUUUUUUUUCCAUGAGUAAAGUUUUGUGAUUCUUUUCAUGUCGUUUAAUGAAUGAAGAAUUAUAUUUAUAAAAAAUAAAUAGUUUUUUUAACAAGAA